UGGAGUCAGGCCAGGGCGGACCUCGGAUCUAACUUCAUGGAAAGGGCAUGGACUUGGUGUUUGGCUGGUUGCUAAGGAGAGGUUGGCGGCUACGGGGAGGUGAGAAUGAUUGGUGAAAGUGAGAAAAAAUGUAGCCAAUGAAAGGAGAGCUGAGAGACUUGGGAACCAAUCAGAGAAGGGGAGUCGUCAAAAGUACCAAUAUGUUAAUUCGGCAGGGGGAGUCUUUGAAAAAACUUGGACAAGAGGGCGACUAAGUGAACCCUGGAAUCGAAAGACAUUGGAAAUAUAGUUUUUAUUAUCUCCUAAAAAUCAGGCCAUGAGGAAAUUAAUUCAGGCUCCUAGACUUGAUGGGUAUGUGCUAGGCAAUUUCCCCUGUAGGUUCUUUUCGUGGUGCGCUCCGCUUGAUCACGUGAGCCGGUUCCAAGAUGGCGGCAGGGGUGGCCGGGUGGGGGGUUGAGGCAGAGGAGUUCGAGGAUGCGCCUGAUGUGGAGCCGCUGGAGCCCACGCUUAGCAACAUCAUCGAGCAGCGCAGCCUUAAGUGGAUCUUCGUCGGGGGCAAGGGUGGCGUUGGCAAGACCACCUGCAGCUGCAGCCUAGCGGUCCAGCUGUCCAAGGGGCGGGAGAGUGUUCUGAUCAUCUCCACCGACCCAGCCCACAACAUCUCCGAUGCAUUUGACCAGAAGUUCUCCAAGGUGCCCACCAAGGUCAAAGGCUAUGACAACCUCUUCGCCAUGGUGAGUGGAGGUGGGCUCAGCUCCCCACUCUGGCAAAGGCCGUUCAGGCCCUCUCUGUGAACACCCACCAUCAGCUACCAUGCCCUGCCUAUUCUGCAUCAUCCCUCAACGUACCCACAGGAGAACGAAUGAGGAAUGUUUGCGGAGCAGAAAGGAGGCCAGAGUGACCAGAGUUUAGCAAACAAGGGGAGGAAGGAGAUGUCAUAGGUCAAUCACAGCUACGUGGUAUAGGACCUUACAGGCCCCUGGGAGCAGUUAUGUUUGAUUCCAAGUUUAAUAGGAAGCUGUUCAUUUUAAGCAGGGCAGUGUCAUGGCCAAAUUCAUUUUUCAAAAAGUUCCCUAUGACUGCCGGGCGGAGAAACUCGGGUGGGGCCAGAAUGUUGGGAGAAGUGGUCACAUUUGGAAUGUAUUUUGGAAUUAAAGCAACACAAAUGUUUGGUUGUAAUGGGCAAGGGAAAGAAGUGAACUAAGUACGUCUCUUAGUUGGCUCCCUCGACAGCCGGGAUGGGGGCGACUAGGAGAGAAGCAGGUUUCGAAGGGACAAACAAGGAAUUCCAUUUUGGUCCCGGUGAAUCCAGGGUGCCCACUGGGCAUCCAAGUGGAGAUGCCAGGACAGUGGCUUAGUUAUGUGAGAUAUGUGAGCUUGGAAGAGGUUGGGGUUGAUUUGGGAGUCAUUCAUUGUCUCAAGGAUGGUAUUUAAAGCUGCGCAAGUGGAGGAGAAUGAGAGAGAACGGAGAAGCCCAGAAACAAACUGAGGUCACAUCAACAUUUAGGGUCCAGCUGGGGGGAGGGGUACGGGGACCAGUGAAGGAGGCCAAGAAGGAGCCACAGGUGAAGUGGGAGGAAGCCAGGCAUCGUGAGCUCCUGAGCUCAGGACAGAGGGACUCGGUGGGAAGAAAUAGUGGGCUUCAGCAGGCACAUCAGAUCUAGAGAGACCACUCUGGGAAUGGGGGAUGGGGGCAAAAGCCUGCACAGAGUGGGUGAGCUGAGGAGUGGGGACAGUGAUCGCCAUCAUGGUGGCUGAGAAAUAGGGCCAUUGCUGGA